UGAAUUAAAAAGGUAAAGCCAAGGAAGUGAUGGGAGAGAGGCAAGUGUGGCAUGGAGGGACCUAACCUUCAACCACAAACUGGAACCAAACCAUUGGAAUUAAUAUCCCCUUUUUAUUAAUCAUGGUAACCACCAUUGCUGCCUACUCGCAACUCAUUAAAUUGGAUGAGAGGCCAUGUGUCCCCACAAAAUUGUGUGAUUAUGAUAUAUAAUAAGGUGGAGAAUUUGAAUGAUUAACCUGAUCAGCUAGCGCAGUGCUCACAGACAAAUAAGAAUAUGAAUGGGAAUGGUUGGUCGACGACACCCCCACCAAACCCCACAGUCAAAACUCGCCAGCCCCAGAAAAAAUCGUCACAUGACGUGGCCAUUCCGAAUUGGGGGGUUUAGAAGAGAUUUAUAUGGGGAGGAAGAAGGAAGAAGGAAGGAGGAAGGAGGAAGGAGAGAGGGAAAAAUUGAUUGAUUAGAUUGAGUUGGUUGGGUGCAUGGAUGCCAUAGAUUGGAGAGUUGCAAAAGAGGGUAGCUGGUAACUACUCCUUCAGAGAAAUAGCGGUGUGGGUCUGGGCAGGUAUCACCACGUGCUGCUCUCAUUAAAACAGUUACAUAGCUAAGCUCUCAUACCCCAACCCAAAGCCCCCCAAACUCUCUCUAUCUCUGCAUUUCUCACUGCUCCAUUCUUCCUUCUUUUGAUUCACCUGUAAUGCUUCCGACCUACAUAUCCAAUUGAACAAAUCCGUUUCUGGUUUCCCUGAUUUCAGCUCCCUGUUACGGUCUGUUGCCCAACCUCUCUCUCUCUCUCUUUUCUUCCUUAUUUGCUGAUUUGAGUAAUUGAAUAUGGUGUUUGAAGUUGAUCCGACUGUUUGGGUGUAGUUUUGGGUUGGGUUUUGUCCCAGGAUGUCAGAAGUUCAAAGAGGAUAUCCGAUGGCUGGUCUUGGCCGGGGGAAUGGUUUAAUAGAUGGAGUAACACUAAGGACCCCAUCUACAUCAUCUCAAAUUGAUGAAUUCUGCCGGGCUCUUGGUGGGACAAGGCCAAUACAUAGCAUUUUAAUUUCAAACAAUGGAAUGGCUGCUGUCAAGUUUAUCCGCAGUGUCAGGACAUGGGCAUACGAAACAUUUGGUACUGAGAAGGCAAUCUCAUUGGUGGCCAUGGCUACUCCUGAGGACAUGAGAAUAAAUGCUGAGCAUAUUAGAAUGGCUGAUCAGUUUGUGGAAGUUCCUGGUGGGACUAACAAUAAUAACUAUGCCAAUGUGCAACUCAUUGUAGAGAUGGCAGAGAUAACACAUGUUGAUGCAGUUUGGCCUGGUUGGGGCCAUGCAUCUGAGAACCCUGAGCUGCCAGAUGCUCUGAAUGCUAAGGGGAUUGUAUUUCUUGGACCCCCUGCAACAUCUAUGGGGGCACUUGGAGAUAAGAUUGGUUCAUCAUUGAUUGCUCAAGCAGCAGAUGUACCCACCCUUCCAUGGAGUGGUUCACAUGUUAGGAUUCCUUCUGAAAGUUGCUUGGUUACUAUCCCAGAUGAAGUGUAUCGGGAGGCAUGUGUUUAUACUACAGAGGAAGCAAUUGCUAGUUGUCAGGUUGUGGGUUACCCUGCCAUGAUCAAGGCAUCUUGGGGUGGAGGUGGCAAAGGCAUAAGAAAGGUUCAUAAUGAUGAUGAAGUCAAGGCUUUGUUCAAGCAAGUUCAAGGUGAAGUUCCUGGCUCCCCCAUAUUCACGAUGAAGGUUGCUUCCCAGAGUCGCCAUUUAGAAGUUCAGUUACUAUGUGAUCAGCAUGGCAAUGUUGCAGCCCUGCAUAGCCGUGAUUGCAGUGUUCAAAGGCGUCAUCAAAAGAUUAUCGAGGAAGGUCCAAUUACUGUAGCUCCUCACGAGACUGUGAAAAAGCUGGAGCAGGCAGCGAGAAGGUUAGCCAAAUGUGUGAAUUAUGUUGGAGCAGCUACUGUUGAGUAUUUGUACAGUAUGGAAACUGGCGAGUACUAUUUCCUAGAGCUCAAUCCUCGAUUACAGGUGGAGCACCCUGUCACGGAGUGGAUAGCAGAAGUAAAUCUGCCAGCAGCCCAAGUUGCAGUAGGAAUGGGGAUUCCUCUCUGGCAAAUUCCUGAAAUAAGGAGAUUCUAUGGAAUGGAACAUGGCGGAGGAUAUGAUGCUUGGAGGAGAACAUCAGUUGUUGCUACCCCUUUUGAUUUUGACAAAGCAGAGUCUAUAAGACCAAAAGGCCACUGUGUGGCUGUCCGUGUAACAAGUGAGGACCCAGAUGAUGGUUUUAAGCCCACUAGCGGGAAAGUACAGGAGCUGAGUUUUAAAAGCAAGCCAAAUGUGUGGGCAUACUUCUCUGUUAAGUCUGGAGGAGGGAUUCACGAGUUCUCAGAUUCUCAAUUUGGACAUGUUUUUGCAUUUGGAGAAUCCAGAGCCUUAGCUAUUGCAACUAUGGUUCUUGGAUUGAAGGAAAUUCAAAUUCGAGGAGAAAUUCGUUCAAAUGUUGAUUACACAAUAGAUCUUUUACAUGCUUCUGAUUACAGAGAGAAUAAAAUCCACACCGGUUGGUUGGACAGUAGAAUUGCUAUGAGGGUUAGAGCAGAAAGGCCGCCUUGGUAUCUUUCUGUGGUUGGAGGGGCUCUUUACAAAGCAUCUGCUAGCAGUGCAGCAAUGGUUUCAGAUUAUGUCGGUUAUCUUGAAAAGGGGCAAAUCCCUCCCAAGCAUAUAUCUCUUGUCAACUCUCAAGUUUCUUUGAACAUCGAAGGAAGCAAGUACACAAUUGACAUGGUAAGGGGAGGACCAGGAAGCUAUAGACUCAGGAUGAAUGAGUCGGAGAUAGAAUCAGAGAUACACACAUUACGUGAUGGUGGUUUAUUGAUGCAGUUGGAUGGAAACAGUCAUAUUAUCUAUGCCGAGGAAGAAGCAGCUGGAACUCGCCUUCUCAUUGGUGGAAGGACUUGCUUGCUUCAGAAUGAUCAUGAUCCAUCUAAGUUAGUCGCAGAGACACCAUGCAAGCUGCUACGGUACUUAAUCUCGGAUAAUAGUCAUGUUGAUGCUGACACACCGUAUGCAGAGGUUGAGGUUAUGAAGAUGUGUAUGCCACUUCUUUCGCCUGCUUCUGGAAUUAUUCAAUUUAAGAUGUCUGAAGGUCAAGCAAUGCAGGCUGGUGAGCUUAUAGCAAGACUUGAUCUAGAUGAUCCUUCUGCUGUAAGGAAAGCAGAGCCUUUCCAUGGGAGCUUUCCAAUUUUAGGGCCUCCCACUGUUAUUUCUGGGAAAGUUCAUCAGAGAUGUGCGGCAAGCAUAAAUGCAGCUCGGAUGAUCCUUGCAGGCUACGAUCACAAUAUUGAUGAAGUGGUGCAAAACUUGUUGAGUUGUCUUGAUAGUCCUGAACUCCCUUUCCUUCAGUGGCAAGAGUGCUUGGCUGUUUUGGCAACCCGCCUUCCCAAAGAUCUCCGAAAUGAAUUGGAAUCAAAAUAUAAGGAGUUUGAAGGGAUAUCGAGCUCCCAGAAUGUUGAGUUCCCUGCCAAAUUGUUGCGGGGUGUUCUUGAUGCGCAUCUAUGCUCCUGUCCUGAUAAAGAAAAAGGAGCCCAAGAAAGACUUGUUGAGCCUUUGAUGAGUCUUGUGAAGUCCUAUGAAGGUGGAAGAGAGAGUCAUGCCCGCAUUAUUGUCCAGUCUCUCUUUGAAGAGUACCUAUCUAUUGAAGAACUAUUUAGCGAUAACAUCCAGGCAGAUGUAAUUGAACGCCUUCGACUUCAAUAUAAGAAAGAUCUUCUGAAGAUUGUGGACAUUGUGCUUUCUCAUCAGGGUGUCAGGAGUAAAAAUAAGCUGAUAUUACGUCUCAUGGAACAAUUGGUUUACCCUAACCCUGCUGCAUAUAGAGAUAAACUAAUUCGCUUCUCUGCACUUAACCAUACAAGCUAUUCUGAGUUGGCACUAAAGGCAAGUCAACUACUGGAACAAACCAAACUGAGUGAACUUCGUUCCAGCAUUGCAAGAAGCCUUUCUGAAUUAGAGAUGUUUACUGAAGAGGGUGAGAAUAUGGAUACACCAAGGAGGAAAAGUGCCAUCAAUGAACGAAUGGAGGCUCUUGUGAGUGCUCCUCUAGCAGUUGAAGAUGCCCUUGUAGGUUUGUUUGAUCACAGUGAUCACACCCUUCAAAGGCGUGUUGUGGAGACUUACGUCCGCCGACUAUACCAGCCCUACCUCGUAAAAGGGAGUGUUAGGAUGCAAUGGCACCGAUCUGGUUUGAUUGCUUCCUGGGAAUUCUUGGAAGAGCAUCUUGAGAGAAAGAAUGCAUCAGAAGAUCAAAUUUCUGACAAAUCAUUAAUCGAGAAACAUAAUGAGAAGAAAUGGGGGGCCAUGGUUAUAAUCAAGUCUCUUCAGUUUUUGCCUACUGUAAUUAGUGCUGCAUUGAGGGAAACAACUCAUCACUUUGAAGAAUCAAUUCCAAGUGGAUCUAUAGAACAAGAUAGCCAUGGUAACAUGAUGCAUAUUGCAUUGGUGGGCAUCAACAACCAGAUGAGUUUGCUUCAGGAUAGUGGUGAUGAGGAUCAGGCUCAAGAGAGAAUAAACAAGUUAGCCAGGAUACUUAAGGAGCAAGAAGUAAGCUCCAGUCUCCGUGCUGCAGGUGUUGGAGUAAUUAGCUGUAUCAUACAGAGGGAUGAAGGGCGAGCUCCCAUGAGGCACUCCUUUCAUUGGUCAGUGGAGAAGCUUUAUUAUGAGGAAGAGCCUCUUCUGCGUCACCUGGAACCACCUCUAUCCAUUUACCUUGAAUUGGACAAGCUGAAAGGCUAUGAGAAUAUAAAGUAUACUCCAUCAAGGGACCGUCAGUGGCACCUAUACACUGUUGUAGACAAGCAAUUACCAAUCCAGAGGAUGUUUCUCAGAACACUUGUAAGGCAACCCACAAGCGAAGGAUUAACUUUGUACCAGGGGCUGGAUGUGGGAACAACCCAAACCCAAUCGACUAUGUCUUUUACUUCUAAGAGCAUUUUAAGAUCCUUAAUGACUGCAAUGGAGGAAUUGGAACUUCAUGGACACAAUGCUACUGUCAAAUCUGACCAUUCCCACAUGUACCUUUACAUUUUACAGGAGCAACAAAUAGAUGAUCUUGUGCCAUACCCUAAGAGAGUUGUCAUAGGUGCUGGGCAGGAAGAAGCUGGAGUUGAAAGGAUCCUGGAAGAGCUGGCACAUGAAAUUCAUGCAUCUGUUGGUGUAAGAAUGCAUCGGUUAGGUGUCUGUGAGUGGGAAGUGAAGCUUUGUAUAGCAUCUGCUGGACAGGCCUAUGGUUCUUGGAGAGUGGUUGUUGCAAAUGUGACUGGUCACACCUGCACUGUGCAUAUAUACCGAGAAUUGGAAGAUGCCAGCAAACACAGAGUGGUCUACCAUUCAAAAUCUGCCCAAGGUCAUUUGCAAGGUGUACCAGUAAAUGCACACUAUCAGCACUUGGGAGUACUUGAUCGGAAGCGUCUGUUGGCCAGGAGAAGCAACACUACGUACUGCUACGAUUUCCCACUGGCAUUUGAGACAGCCUUGCAACAGUUAUGGGCAUCCCAGUCCCAGGGCAUUAACAGACCCAAUGAUAAAGUUCUUUUCAAAGUCACAGAGCUUGCAUUUGCUGACAAAAGAGGUAGCUGGGGUACUCAUCUGGUUCCGGUGGAGCGCACACCUGGAGAAAAUGAUGUUGGAAUGGUAGCCUGGCGUAUGGAAAUGUCUACUCCCGAGUUCCCAAAUGGAAGGACAAUUUUGAUAGUAGCAAAUGACGUAACCUUCAAAGCUGGGUCUUUUGGCCCAAGAGAGGAUGCAUUCUUCCUUGCAGUGACUGAUCUUGCUUGCUCUGAGAAACUGCCCCUAAUUUAUUUGGCAGCAAACUCUGGAGCUCGUAUUGGUGUAGCUGAGGAAGUGAAAGCCUGCUUUAAGAUUGGUUGGUCUGAUGAAUCAAGUCCUGAGCGUGGUUUCCAGUAUGUAUAUUUGACUCCUGAGGACUAUGCACGCAUUGGGUCAUCUGUGAUAGCUCACGAGUUAAGUAUGGAAAGUGGAGAAACCAGAUGGGUUAUAGAUACCAUAGUCGGGAAGGAGGAUGGUUUGGGGGUUGAGAACUUAACGGGUAGUGGAGCCAUUGCUGGUGCAUAUUCAAGAGCAUAUAAGGAAACCUUUACUUUAACUUAUGUGACAGGCAGGACUGUUGGAAUAGGCGCUUAUCUUGCUCGGCUCGGGAUGCGGUGCAUACAGAGGCUCGAUCAGCCUAUAAUUUUGACUGGUUUCUCUGCAUUAAACAAACUUCUUGGUCGGGAGGUGUAUAGUUCCCACAUGCAACUUGGUGGACCUAAGAUUAUGGCAACCAAUGGAGUAGUUCACCUGACAGUUUCAGAUGAUCUAGAAGGGGUAUCAGCUAUUUUAAAGUGGCUGAGCUAUGUUCCUUCCCAUGUAGGUGGCGCACUUCCUAUUUUGAAACCUUCGGAUCCUCCAGAAAGACCUGUUGAGUAUUUCCCUGAAAACAGUUGUGAUCCUCGUGCAGCCAUCUGUGGUGCUCCAAAUAGCAGUGGGAAGUGGCUGGGUGGUUUAUUUGAUAAGGAUAGCUUUGUUGAGACGCUAGAAGGUUGGGCAAGGACAGUUGUUACAGGAAGAGCAAAGCUUGGAGGAAUCCCUGUUGGAAUAGUAGCUGUUGAGACCCAGACUGUGAUGCAAGUUAUCCCUGCAGACCCAGGUCAGCUCGAUUCACAUGAAAGGGUUGUCCCUCAAGCUGGGCAAGUAUGGUUUCCUGAUUCGGCCACUAAGACAUCUCAAGCAUUGUUAGAUUUCAACAGGGAAGAGCUCCCACUUUUCAUUCUUGCCAACUGGAGAGGGUUCUCAGGUGGGCAGAGGGACCUUUUUGAAGGCAUCCUUCAGGCAGGAUCAACCAUAGUUGAAAAUCUUAGAACAUACAAGCAGCCUGUUUUUGUCUACAUCCCAAUGAUGGGUGAGCUGCGUGGUGGGGCAUGGGUUGUUGUGGACAGUCGGAUCAAUUCAGACCAUAUUGAAAUGUAUGCUGAACGGACAGCCAAAGGAAAUGUCCUGGAGCCGGAAGGGAUGAUUGAGAUCAAGUUCAGGACAAAGGAGCUGCUGGAGUGCAUGGGUAGGCUUGAUCAACAGCUGAUCAAUCUGAAGGCAAAACUUCAGGAAGCCAAGAGCAGUAGAGUGCAUGGAACUGUUGAGUCUCUACAGCAGCAAAUAAAAGCCCGUGAGAAGCAGCUUUUGCCAGUCUAUACUCAGAUAGCCACCAGAUUUGCAGAAUUGCAUGAUACUUCUCUGAGGAUGGCUGCCAAAGGAGUGAUCAAAGAAGUUGUGGACUGGGGUAACUCACGGUCUUUCUUUUAUAGAAGACUGCAUCGUAGAGUCAUCGAGGGAUCAUUGAUCAAGGUCGUGAGAGAUGCUGCUGGUGACCAAAUGUCGCAUAAAUGUGCAAUGGACUUGAUCAAAAAAUGGUUUUUGGAUUCUGAGAUUGCAAGCGGCAGUAAAGAUGCUUGGGCUGAUGAUCAAGCUUUCUUUACAUGGAAGAAUGAUCCUGCAAACUAUGAGGAAAAGCUACAGGAGCUGCGGGCCCAGAAGGUAUUGCUUCACUUAUCGAAAAUUGGUGAUUCGGCAUCAGAUUUGCAAUCUCUGCCUCAGGGUCUUGCAGCCCUCCUACAGAAGGUGGAGCCCUCAAGCCGAGCGCAAUUGAUUGGGGAACUCCGGAAGGUGCUCAAUUGAUUAAAUGAUUUGCAGAGCAAAGGCAAGUAUGAUCCAUAACUCCCUAUGUUGUUUCUUGGAUCAUACGAUAAAAGAUUAACAGCCUCAGCCAGAAGUGAGAAGGCAAUGGCUACUUGCGUUGAGGCUUCUACCCUAUUCAGUAAGUGAUUUUUACUGGUGAAAUAAAAAUUCAUUGGUUAAAUGAAGAAGUGGGAGGAGCUAUUCUGAUCAAAUUAUGUUGUUACGACAAGUGUACAUUUUGUUAAGUCUGUGAGUUAGUCCUUAAAUUGUUUUAGAGGAGAUCAAAUGACCUUAGAGGCCUGUUUCAUGAGUUUCCUGGAUGGUUGAUCAAUAAUUCUCUUGUUGCAUUAUUCUUGUGACAUUAUGUAAGACCUGCUAAUUCUUCUUAUUUAUGAAUACGAAUACAUGAGGUUUUAUGCCA